CCCCCACCCCCUUUUAUCUCUCAAGUCUCACCCACAGUGAAAACACAACACCAACAAUAAUAAUAUAAUAUACUCUUCUCUGGCCCCUUCCUACAAGGUUAGCUAUAAUCAACCACACCACUUUCUAUCUCACUCAAAAGAUGGUUACAGGAGAUGAUUUGUACAACGUGAUGUGCGCCAUGGUGCCUCUAUAUUUCGCAAUGCUGGUAGCUUACGCAUCAGUGAAAUGGUGCAAAAUGUUCACCCCACAGCAGUGCUCCGGCGUCAACCGUUUCGUGGCGGUGUUUGCGAUUCCGGUUCUCUCUUUCCAUUUCAUUUCCAUCAACAAUCCUUAUGAGAUGGACGCUAAGUUCAUCAUAGCGGACACGCUCUCCAAGCUCGUCGUGCUGUUCUUCCUCUUUCUCUGGGCUAUUUUUUUUGCUUCUGGAUCUCUCGACUGGCUUAUCACGCUCUUCUCGCUCGCAACCUUGCCCAACACGCUUGUCAUGGGGAUUCCUCUACUCCAAGCCAUGUACGGCCAAUUCACGCAAGGCCUCAUGGUGCAACUCGUUGUGCUCCAAUGCAUCAUAUGGUAUACUCUACUGUUGUUUCUAUUGGAAUACAGAGCAGCGACCCUUUUGAUCAAAACCGAGUUCCCUGGGGACACGGCGGCGUCCAUAACCAAAAUCGAGGUCGACGGCGACGUGAUUUCCCUCGACGGCCACGACGUGCCACUGCAAACGCAGUCGGAAACCGACACCCACGGCCGCAUCAGCGUGCGAAUCCGGCGAUCAAUCUCCUCAGCUCCGGACUCAACCUCAUCAAUCGGCAACGCCGUUAUCACUCCAAGGCAUUCGAAUCUCACCAACGCCGAUAUCUUCUCCAUCAACACGCCGCUGCACCUGCUCGACGGCGACCCCUCCUUUGGAUACCCGCCGGCGAGCCCGAGGUUAUCCGGAUGCGCCUCCUCCGACGCGUACUCGCUUCAGCCCACGCCGCGGGCGUCAAAUUUCAAUGAGACGGAGGUCACGGCGGGAACGCCGGUAUGGGGGAGGUCUCCGGUGGGCGGCGGGAGGGUUUCUCGGCAGAUGUCGCCGGGGAAAUGCCAAGUAGAAGAGAGACAGGGAUGCAAGGACAUUACGCAGUCAGAUAAAGAAAUUAGCUUCAGAGACAACAUCAAAGUUUCAAUGCCAGGGGAAGAAGCUGCAGACACAACUGCUCGUAACCAGAAAAUGCCACAUGCUUUUGUCAUGAUAAGGCUUAUACUUACAGUAGUGGGAAGAAAACUUUCGCGUAACCCUAAUACAUAUUCUAGUGUAUUAGGACUUGUUUGGUCUCUAAUCUCCUUCAAAUGGAACAUGGAAAUGCCUAGUCUGAUCAAAGCAUCUAUCAAAAUCAUCUCGGAUGCAAGCCUUGGAAUGGCUAUGUUUAGCUUAGGGCUUUUCAUGGCCCUUCAGCCUCGUAUCAUUGCUUGUGGUACCAAAAGAGCAGCCAUGGGAAUGGCCAUUCGUUUCGUGUGCGGGCCUCUUGUAAUGUCAGCAUCCUCCAUUGUCAUUGGAUUGAGAGGGGACAAAUUGCACACAGCAAUUGUACAGGCUGCACUUCCACAGGGGAUUGUACCAUUUGUAUUUGCAAGGGAAUAUGGGCUGCAUCCUGAUAUUUUGAGCACAGGGGUUAUCUUUGGCAUGCUAGUAUCCUUACCAAUAACUCUCCUAUAUUACAUACUUCUUGGCUUGUGAAGGAUGAGGAAAUACUUCAAAGGUGAAACAAUGAAUAGACUAGGUAUGAGAUGCAAAGUAGUAUAUUUAUUGGAAAAUCUUCUCUAGUUCCCCCAAUAACUUUGUCAGCACCGACCACCAUUAUAUAUGAUGAUUUUCCUCCGGAGAAGUUGACUUAGCUUAGGCCAACACUUUCAAAAGCUGAAAAGGGUUAUAUUGUUGUACUUGUACGUAAUUUAGAGGUGUGACAAGAUGAGACAGAUCAUAUAUCUACAUAUAUUAGUGGUAGCCGAAAGGGAAAUAAAUACUAUGAUGACCAUUAAUUAUUAAGGUUAGGAGACCUGCUUUGUUGUUGUUGGUUGGAAAAAGGUUAUGGGAACAGAUGUUGACAUAAGGGGAAAGAUGAAGUAGGAAGGCAACAUUUAGCAAAAUUUAUGCCACUCUAAAGUGAACAUCCUUUUGUCUUCAAUGCAUUGAACCAAUGAGAAUAUGGUAAUUGAUUGUAUGUGAAACAGAGGCCCUCGUUACCACAGAAUUAAGGCAUUGAAAAGCAGAUUUUGUGUAUCCUUUUAAUGAAAGAGGUGGGGAAUGAUAUGUAAACGGACGAAGAAUCUAUCCUCUAGAAACUUCACAUGAUAUUGUCAGGUUAAAUUUUUAUGUUAAACUCUUUAUGUAUUUAAAUAGAUAAGACCAAUCUGAAUAUUUAUGAAGUCAA